AUGUCCAAGGGUCCCGGCGUUGGCUUCCAGUAUCCCCCCGUCCCGGUCAGCUGGACGAAGCGCGAUGCGUUGCUCUUUGCCAACUCGAUCGGCUGCACCAGCAAGGAGCUGCACUUCCUAUACGAGCUGGACCCCAACUUUGCCGUCUUCCCGACCUACCCGGUCAUCCUGACUUUCAAGGGCACCUCCAACGAGGUGAUCGACUUCUACGCGCAGCAGAAGGCCGUCCCGAUCCCCGGCGUCCCGACCUUCGACCCUACCCGCGUCGUCGACGGUCAGCGCCUUCUCCAAUCAUUUAAGCCCAUCCCCACUUCCUCAGAGGGCCGCAACUUCGAGAUCCGCACCACCGUCCUUGGCGUGUAUGACAAGGGCCGUCCGGGCACCGUCGUCGAGACCCAGUCCGACCUCGUGGACGUCGCUACCGGCGAGGUCUACUCCCGUGUCAUCUCCUCGUCGUUUUUCGUCGGCCAGGGCCUGUGGGGCGGCCCGUCAGGACCUAAGCAGGUUACCUAUACCGUGCCGAAGGAUCGCAAGCCGGACGUCACCUUCGAGCACCAGACCUCCCCCGAAACCUCUCUCCUGUACCGCCUGAACGGCGACUACAACCCGCUGCACGCGCACCCGGAACCGGGCAAGAAGAUGGGCUUCGGCGGCAUCAUCAUCCACGGCCUGUGGACCUGGAACUGGGCGGCUCACGGUCUGCUGGAGCACCUCGGCGGCAGCAACCCGGCCAACCUGAAGGAGUAUCAGGCUCGAUUUGCCAGCCCUGUGCGGCCCGGGGACAAGCUGGUUGCGUCGGCGUGGAGGACAGGCCAGUACCAGGGCGAGUUUGAGGAGAUUCGGUUUGAGGUGCGCGUUGCCGGCGGUAAGGUCGUGCUGAGCAAUGGUCGCGCCCUUAUUAAGACCGCUGCGGGCAAGGAGAAUAAGCUUUGA